AUGGGCCUCUUCUCCUUCACCCAGUCCGCCGACCAGAAGCGCGCCGAGGAGGUCCGCACCGGCGCCGUCGCCCCCUCCCGCUCCGAGCGCGCAAAGUGCUGGGAGAGCCGCGACAAGUACUUUGCCUGCCUCGACAGGGCCAACAUCAUCGACGCCCUCAAGGACGACAAGGAGGCCGCCAGGGCGUGCAAGGCCGAGACGGCCGACUUCGAGCGGGAUUGCGCCACGCAGUGGUACCGAGUCGCCAACCAUCAGAAGGAACAGAGGUUAAAGCAGCUCCAGGCAGAGGGCGCAAGGGCGAUGUCGAUAGAAACUGGGCCGCAAAAGUAA